AUGAAGCAGGCGCUGCUGGGGACCUACGAGGCGCGCUCGUCUGCGGCGUUUUUUGGCCGACUCGAGAUUUAUCAAGAGGACCUUGCGGCGCCGCUUGCGUCGAGUGCGCUAUUGCUGCGCUACGGCACGGUGACAGCGCCGCUAGUGCCCACGACAGAAGCCAACGUGGUCGUUUGGACGGCGCCGUUUGCAGCACAAACGAUGAUGUUCACCCUUGCGCUAGCCGACGACGAGACGACGACCUUGACGGGGCUUGGCAUCACGUUUACGCCAAUCUUUGAGGAUCCAGAGCACAUUGUGACCAAAAGUCAGGGGCUCGUCCUCCUUUCUUUUUCGGUGCGCCCGCUCGUGUAG